AUGACGUACAAUGAUCGUGUAUGGCUGGCUAUAAGUUAUGAGGUGCGCUCUAUCAACACGGCAUGGGGUGUUGUGAGAGGAGAACUGGUACAUCCCGAUGGAGCCGAUCUGGCACCCGUCACACAGUUCCUUGGCGUACCCUAUGGUGUAGCUCCUUCUGGACAGUUCCGCUUCAACAUGGCUAUAUCAGCUGCCAAAUGGACCCAUCUGCCUAAAGAAGCUCGAAGACUGGCUCCAGCCUGUAUUCAAACGCAACUUCCCGAACUCAGCGAAACAAGGUCACGUUUCGAUUCUGUCCACCAUGCGAUUUAUUUCAUUCUGAACCACCGUUCCAGGGCUUUUAAACAAAUGUCAGCUCAACGAUUCGAUUAUGUUCACCGAUUACUUCCAAAGCUAAAACUUCAAUCUGAAGACUGCCUGUAUAUGAAUCUAUUCGUACCAGAACGAUUAGGUUGGGGUUCAGGUGCCUCGUUGGUCUCACUGUUGAUGGCUUCUCCACUGACGCAACCAGGCCGUCGCCUCUUUAGGCGAGCCAUCCUUCUUGAUGGCACGGCCCUGGCCCCAUGGGCUAUGGCCCACAAUCCGCAACAGUACUUCGCUCAAGUCGCUGAAAACCUAGGGUGCCUAUCUAAGAAUCGAUCAUCGAUAUACAACGACCAGGUUGAUACGACACUACGUUGUAUGCAGGACCAUUCUGCUGAUAAUGUAACUAAAGCAGUACAUGCUAUUACUAUACCAACAUUCCUCAGUGGUUUUGCUCCAAUUGUUGAUGGACAGUUAAUUCCAAAUUCGCCACGAAUCUCCUUCUCCUCUCAGUAUGGCUCAUUAUUUCGUGAAAUCGACUUGCUUGUUGGAUUCUCCUCAAAUCCUGCUCACUAUCUAUUAUCAAACGAGGAUUUAAAGUCAGGGCUAUCGAAGGAAAGGCGUCAAAAGAUCUUCAGGACUCUUGUGAGAAACCUCUACGAUUACCAUAGGACUGAAUUGCUAGCAGCCAUCAUCAAUGAGUACACCGACUGGGAAAAUCCACGAGACCAUCCCAAAUCCAUACGAAAUGGUGUGCUUGCCGUUUUGAACGAUGUGCUAUUUACCGCACCGCUAAUUGAAACUCUUCGGAUGCACAGUGCUGAUGAAGUACGAAAGGAGGCAAGCACAUUCAUGUUCGUAUUUGGCCACGAAACUCGUUCAUGGAUGAACGAGCAGCCGAACUCGGGUUUGAGAGGGUCCCUAACCGGUGAUCACAUACCAUACAUCUUCGGUUAUCCGUUAGCUGGUGGUGAUAGUGAGGAAAAGCUCUACGCUGGAUUCAGCGCCGAAGAUCGGGGGAUUUCCCAGGUCAUGAUGCAUUACGUGGCAAAUUUCGUAAAGUCCGGGUUAUUGAGCUGUAAUCUGAAACCGCCUACGGUGACUCCUUCUCCACCGAUUGACAAUUCAGCUGUGGCGACCAGUCAGUACAGUACGAUGCUGUCCGUCACAGUAGCUGUCGGUUGUGGCCUUCUAUUCCUGAAUAUCUGUGUAUUCUUCGGUCUAUAUCGUCAGUGUGACAAGAAUAAGCGAUCAAAGAAGAAGUUGCAAUUACAGUACCAGACCUACGCUUCGAAUCAGGCGUCGGUUCCGGAACAGUACAACACCCUCAACUCACCGGAACCGCUCCUGUCUGCAUCCCACAAGGCCGUGCGUGCCGGAGUGUCACCAUCGUGUCCACGUCAUGGUCGAGCAGUACUGUCAUUACAUCCGUCUCGAGGUAGUCUGACUUCAUCCGGAAAUGCACCCACACUUGAGGAAAUACAAGUCUAG